AGUUCAUCAUGAUUGGGAGAGACGACUCGGUGUGUGUUUACAAAGACGUUUACAUUUACAUUUAUUCAUUUAGCAGAUGCUUUUAUCCAAAGCGACUUACAAAAUGAGGACAUACAAGCAAAGCGAUCGAUCAAGCGGAGAACAAUAGUAACAAGUAGUGCCACCAUACAAGAUCUUUUAAUUGAUUUCCGUGUCAUUUUUUUAUUGUUUAUUUUUUUAAACAUAAUGUGGGGGUUGGCAUUUUCAGGGGUUAGUUACGUGCUCACAGAAGAGGUGGGUCUUGAGCUGUUUUUGGAAGAUAGUGACAGAUUCUGUGGUCCAGAUUGAAGUUGGAAGUUCAUCCCACCACUGAUGGACAGAUAGUGUGAAGGUUCUGGAAUGGGACCUUGAGCCACGCUGAGAAAUGGCAAUCAUGUAGAAGAUGUGUUGCGAAUAAAGUCAGCCUACAUUUUGUUAAACUAAUUAAAGAAGCAAAUACAUAAAUGAUUCAUUCCCCCUAUAUGUAUGGAGACUGACUGGUUGUGUGCAGAAUAGAUGCUGCAGGUUUGAUUGAAUGAAUAUGAUGUGAAAUCAUGUAACAAGUGUUUUCAUGUUUCUCCAUAUUUCCUGUAGGGUGUGUUGUGAUAGUAGGCUCGGUCAGCACAUGCAUUGCUCCAGCUGUAGUACUAGACUCGUUAAUGCGCGUUACGUUACGCACUUUACGUACCACCUCGAUUAAAUGGACUGCACUCCGGUAAUGAAUGGGUGCGCUAUGGAAGCCCCGCCUCUUCCGGUGGCCACACGGUCCAAUGAGAGCGCACAAUGCAGCGCGAUGGGACGUAACGUAAUCCGCCGUCGUGUCGAGAUUGGAAUGUAACAGAGUAACAAUCGGAACAACUGAGCAAACGGUGAUUAGGAAGACGGGACUGAACUACUCGGUUCACGUUAUUUCCUGGAUAAACCUCGACUCACGAAGUCUUCUCUCUCUCUCUUUCUGCUUCAAUCCUGCGGUCCUCAUGAAAGGAUUUACUUCUUGCGCGUGACGCUCGGAAGAGAUGAAAGGAAUAAGAGUAGGCUAUAAUGCAGGGAUUUGUAAGGUUAGUGUGGUUAGGAUGACGUGACCUCCACCUUUCAUACUCUGAGAAGGAUUUAAUGGAGUUGAAGUGAGCGGAGGAGUGAGGAGAGCUGGGAUCAUACAGACAGCGAUCAACCCUCUCCAUCACCAUCAUCAUCAUCAACAUCAUCAUCAUCAUUAUUAUUAUUAUUAUUAAUAUCAAUCGCUCCACUGGGAUUAAAAAGUAGCAGUGCUGUGCGACUCGCUGGAAGUUCAUAACAGACUGGAAGGGUUUUAAUGGGUGAAGUAAAUCCCUGAGGAACACACCAGGUUUGUUUACAGUCAGCUAUGGGGCUUGAAAUGCUCGUACUAGUCAGCCGAGGGAGAGUGCGGGAAUAAGCCGGUAAAGUCGCCCACAUGCGCUGGAUCAGCGGCUCGGCACGGGAUCGGUAUCCGAAGCAGAGGGAGGCUCAGGCGGCUCGGGAAUCCUGGCAGGCUGGAAGAUGGCGGAGCGGCGUGGCAGUAUCCGGAGGCGGUGAGAGACAAACUUCGAGAUUUGUUCGCAGACGUUCGCAGGGCCCGGCAGCUCUCAGGACCAAAUGCAGGCCAAAAAGCGCUACCUGGUUUCGCUGCUCACCGGCGCCUUCCUGCUCCUGCUCUUUUACCUGGCGGGCAUCCCGGUGUCCCCGGGCGGAAAGAGCCGGCAUGAGCGCAGCCGUCACGGAUAUCGCCGCUCCGAGCAGCCGUGGCCGCACUUCUCCGACCGCUUAAACUCCUUCAGCCCGUGGGACCAAACCGACGCGGAGGAGUACAACAUCCACACGUCUCCCAGGCACAAGCGGGACGUGCACGCCAGCGUGUAUAAAGGAAAACGCUGCCGCAUGGACUCGUGCUUCGACUUCUCGUUAUGUCGCCGGAACGGCUUCAAGGUGUACGUGUACCCGCAGCAGAAGGGCGAGAAGAUCUCCGAGAGCUACCUGAACAUUUUGGCUACGAUCGAGACCUCCCGUUUUUACACGUCCGACCCGGGCCAGGCGUGUGUCUUCGUGCUGAGCUUGGACACCUUGGACCGGGACCAGCUCUCCCCGCAUUAUGUGCACAACCUGCGAGCCAAGGUGCAGAGCUUACCGCUGUGGAACGACGGCCGGAACCACCUGAUCUUCAACUUGUACUCGGGCACCUGGCCCGAUUAUACGGAGGACCUGGGUUUUGACAUCGGCCAGGCCAUGUUAGCCAAGGCCAGCAUCAGCACAGAGACCUUUCGGCCACGCUUCGACGUGUCCAUCCCACUUUUUCCCAAGGAGCAUCCAAAAACUGGUGGCGAGAGGGGAUACCUCAAGUACAACACGAUCCCACCUUUUCGGAAGUACAUGCUUGUGUUCAAAGGCAAGCGCUAUCUGACAGGGAUUGGCUCGGACACGAGGAACGCUUUGUAUCAUGUCCAUAACGCAGAAGAUGUGGUUCUGCUGACCACAUGUAAACAUGGGAAGGAUUGGCAGAAGCACAAGGAUGCACGCUGUGACCGUGACAACGCAGAGUACGACAAAUAUGACUACCGUGAAAUGCUUCACAACUCCACCUUCUGUCUGGUGCCGCGAGGACGGCGAUUGGGCUCCUUUCGCUUCCUGGAAGCAUUGCAGGCAGCCUGUGUGCCUGUCAUGCUAAGUAAUGGUUGGGAGCUUCCCUUCUCAGAGGUCAUCAACUGGAACACGGGCGCUGUGAUCGGAGACGAGAGGCUCCUGCUGCAGAUCCCCUCCACAGUGCGCUCCAUCCAUCAGGAUAAGAUCUUGGCUUUGAGGCAGCAGACUCAGUUCCUGUGGGAGGCCUACUUCUCAUCAGUGGAGAAGAUUGUACUUACCACCCUAGAAAUCAUUCAGGACCGGGUUCUACAGAACACAGCACGCAGUAGUGUGAUGUGGAACACUCAUCCAGGAGGUCUCUUCACCCUGCCCCAGUACUCUUCCUAUCUAGGCGACCUCCCCUUCUACUAUGCCGGCCUCGGGAUCAAAACGUACCCCAAGUUCACUGCAGUCAUCCAUGCAGUCACCCCGCUGGUGUCUCAGUCUCAGCCCGUUCUCAAGCUCCUGACGGCGGUGGCCAAGUCCCAGUACUGUGCUCAGAUUAUUGUAUUGUGGAAUUGCGACAAGCCCUUACCUGCCAAGCACCGUUGGCCUGCCACCUCCGUGCCCGUCAUAGUCAUCGAAGGAGAGAACAAGGUGAUGAGCAGUCGCUUCCUGCCUUAUGAGAGCAUCCUCACUGAUGCUGUGCUGAGUCUGGAUGAGGACACGGUGCUCUCAACCACAGAGGUGGAUUUUGCCUUCACGGUAUGGCAAAGUUUCCCGGAGAGAAUUGUGGGAUACCCUGCACGCAGUCAUUUCUGGGAUAGUAAUAAGGAGCGCUGGGGCUACACAUCCAAAUGGACCAACGAUUACUCCAUGGUUCUGACUGGAGCCGCCAUCUACCACAGAUAUUACCACUACCUGUACACCCACUUCCUGCCCAGCAGCCUAAAGAACAUGGUGGACCAGCUCGCUAACUGUGAGGACAUCCUGAUGAAUUUCUUGGUGUCGGCCGUCACGAAGCUGCCACCCAUCAAAGUGACACAGAAGAAGCAGUACAAGGAGACCAUGAUGGUGCAGACGUCCCGGGCGUCUCGCUGGGCAGAUCCAGACCACUUCGCCCAGCGCCAGACCUGCAUGAACAAAUUCGCCAGCUGGUUUGGGUCUAUGCCUCUGGUCCAUUCGCAAAUGAGACUGGACCCGGUUUUGUUUAAAGACCAGGUCUCCAUCCUCCGCAAGAAAUACAGGGAAAUUGAGCGUCUCUGACCAGACGAGCGCCCCCUACUGAGCGUGCAGCUGGGGGCACUGGAACACUCGGUGGAGAGCAGGAGGACCGAGGCACAGGACUCUGCGGGUGUGACUCCUCCACUUUAUUCCACAUAGUGAACUGUUAGUGACUAGUCGGGCAGAAUGUGAGCACUCUCUGGGCUCUUUCACAUAUACACACCCAGAGCACACUUUUUGUUUUGACCACAAGACUCUUUAAAAGAAUGUUUUUUUGUUUGUUUUUUCUUGUUUGUUUUUUUAAAAUGAAUGCCGUAACGGACAGACGAUCCUUGCCAGCACAUAGAGAAUAUGGGAGAAGGCAGGAGGGAUGCAUCAAUGUGUGUCCACACACACACCCACGCACACACGCACACCUCUACAUCAAGAUACAUCAGGAUCCGAACCACAAUUCAUCCUCAACUCCCAGUUUCAGAACAUUUUCCAUACUUCAUUCUUCACAUCUUGCACAUGAAGACCUGGAGAAUUGAUCGUUUCUGUGUGUACACUUUACAUAUCUUAUAACAGUUGGUAAUUGUUCAUUUAUUCAAUUCUUUUGAUCAUUUCAGUACUAUAAAUAAGCAGUAUACAUUAUUAUACAGGAAGAAAAUCACAUGAUCAGAAUUCAGUGUUUUACAUUAACAAGAGUCAUUUUCUCAUCGCCAGUGUCUAAAAGCAAGCUUGUUUAAUGUGACGAUUUCUUUCAGUCUAUAUUCCUUUAGUGCCAAGAUUGCUAAUUGCCUUUUUCUGCGAUUAUAGACUCCUAUGCAUUGAAUUUCCUUUAUUAGUUCUGAAAUGUGUAUUGUCUCUCGACAAGCCAAAACGUAGGAGAACUGAGGCAUUAGUUUUGAUUACCCGGGCCACUGAAGUUGCCUGUGAAGUGCUUGUGAAACACUCUGUGCUGACUGGGACAGGAUUCAUUGUGUAUUUUAGGCCCAAUUCCACCCAACGGAAUUUCUUUUCCUCUAUCUCUGCAAAUCCGUUGAAGAACGAGGACAUGGAACAGCCUCAUUGUUCACCCUUUAAUAGUCUUCAGUGUGAUACGCAUCCAUGUACAAAUCUUCUUCAUCCACUACUAAUCCCCACACACUUCCUGUGCUCAGUUUACCUGUACACACAUCUGUGUUUAUACGUUUUAAAUUGAGCUUGCGUCCUCAGUCACUGAUUUUGUAUCAGAGGAACGGUUAUAUGAUGAUGAUGAUGAUGAUGAUGAUGAUGAUCAGACCUCUGUACUUCUCUGCAGUCCCGUAGUGUUAAGUGUUUCUGUCGGAGUAGAGCUCUUCAGUCUCCCUCGCACAGAUCCUUAAAUAUGUGAUUACUUGAAGGAGCAGCGUGCUUUAGUGGCCUUUUUUUGUUCGUUUGUUUUUGUUUUUUUGUUUUUUUUAAAAGUAACUGGACUUAAAGUGAACCAGCCGUGAGCCAAAGUCCCCCCCCCCCCAUUGUUCUUUUUACCACAGUACCCAUUACAACAUUAACAAACAACUGAUGCUCUUAUCUCACAAUUACUCAAACACUACGUUACAUUUUUGUGUUCAACACACAGUGAAAUGUAAAAUAUUUCCAGUUUUGAAUAACCAAGCUCUGUGAAUACGAGGAUUUAUUGUUCGGUUGUUUUGUAUUCUUUACUCUUUUUUUUUCCCAAGCUAUUUACGUUUACAGGUUACAUUUUGUAUUUGUAAUUAUUGGCACGAUCCCAGAUAGAGAAGUGACAGUUUUUAGGUGAUCGAGCAGGAAAUUAAACACCUCAAAGCAAAUCUGAAUGUAUUUGUGUCUGCAGUCUGUAAUAUGUCUUAACCAUCUUGACGUGGGAUUUUGUAAGAAUCCAUUAUCACGGAGAUGAGGCUUUGAUUUGCAGCGCCAUGUGUUAUGAAUGCAGAGUAAAGACAAUUUUCCAGAAGGCUUAGCCGUGUUUAAUUUCUCCGUCUAUCUUUAAACAUGACGGAUGAUGGUAAUUAAAGAGUAAUAGCUAAUGUAGCUGGCAGGAAACACUGGCACACAUCUGGUGAACUAAGUUCAGAAACCCUUCUUAAUUUAAUUUCAUAUCGAGCCUUGAUCUAUGAUUGUGAAUUGUUCUAGCCAUCUCGUUUGACAUUUUUCAAUUUUCCACCUUGCACGCUGAUGAACGCAGCCUUGCUGUACGUAAUCUGUAUUUAUUUUCUUUCAAAUAUGUACCGUAAUCAUGGACAGAAUGUUCAGAAUGUUCCAACAUUUGUACAGCAUCAUAAAAGGUCAUUUUGUGCAAGAUGUCCUUUUUGUUUCUUUCCAACACAAACUGACAAAAGUAUGCGCAGCUUGUCGUAAUACAGCCUUGGCCUCUAACGUUAAUGUGAUGAGUAUAAAUGCAAAAUCAGAUGACGAGUAUGUGAUUUCACAGUGUUAAAUUUUUUUUCCUCUUUUUUUUUUGUUUUUUUUUUUUUGUUUUUUUUGUUGAGAAGGCUCAGGCUGCUGCCGCCGCCGCUGUAUAAUCCGUCACCAAAGACUCGUAAUCAGCAGCCGUAAGGGAAAUGACUUUCUCCAGCUAAUGUGUUCAACGUUUCAGACUUGGAUCAUUUUCUGCCAUUUUGUACCAUGUUUGGUUUGGAGAAUUCUGGUUCUGAGAUUUUACCUUUAUAAAGCAUAAAUACGAGAAUGAGAUGGUAUUUAAAAAAAAAAAAAAAAAAAAAAAAAGCUCCUGCGUAACUUUUUGAUUAGCAAUAAGUCAAACAGCACUUAGAAUCAUGACCGGGCAGGAGCAGUGACCUUUGCCUGAUUGUGCCUUUGAUUCAAUUUGGGCUCUGAAUUUAUGACUGUGUCACGUUAAUGAAGAAGGGAAAGGUAUGUUCGGAUGUAACGUGCCACAUAAACAGCUUCAUAUUCACUUACACUGGAGUCUCUCAUGUCUUUCAGAGAGCGCUCGUUGGUUCGGUUUAAUGCAGACUUGCAUGACCACUUCGGACUACUUACUCAUCAGCAUCUGAGAACUGCUUCUUCUAUUUUUUAAACAUUAUGUCUUUGCACCCUCCUGUCCACCCUCCUGUCUCCUGUAAUUAACAGAAGAAUUUUUAUAGAGAUAAUAAAGAAAAUAGAAUAAUGCCAAUUUUGUAUGAAUGAUUUAUAAGAAAAUGAAUAAAAGUCUUAUUUGAUGGUAAAUGAUUGUGUUGUUUAUUUAUUUAUUUUAUUUUAUUUUAUUUGCGUGACGACGUUCGUUCAACACAUCCGGAAAGGCGGUAGUUUGGAAUAGUGCCCGUUUACCUCCGCUGUGAUUGGCCGGUAAAGACGUGUGAACGAACAGACAGAAACCGGUGGGAUGUCACACAAAUUUUCUCCUCAAACACACUUCUCACAAAAGGUGUAGGUCAUAACGAAUCUAUGUUUAACUGCGUUUAAAUCGUAGACAGCUGGAAGUGUUGUUCCUUUUAAAUGAAACCGCUACUAAAACAGUAAAACUAGUUUAUUGCCUGAGUAGUAGAGAUAAAUAAAUACUCCGGCAGAAUAAAUAAGUGUUUAGCUUAAUUUUUUAAUUAUGUCAUCCAGUAAAUUUGUAAAGAGUAAUAAAAAAAAUGUUUUCCCUCAUUACUUAGCACUUGAAUAAAGUUUUCUUCAUUUUUUCUUAUCACAAUUAUGUUUUGAUCGAUAUCAAAUAAAUAGUUCUU